UGCUUGGGUAUAAUUCUAGUAUUACAUGACGUUUCAUGUCUUUAAUUCAGCUUCGGAAUUGGGAAAUCAGAUUAGGGUUGAUGACAUUUUGAAGCUCAAAAGACAUUUUAAUGUCUUUUGAGCUCUAACGUGACUAGAAAUUUUCGCCCGCCAUUAAUCCCACAGCCUACGAGAUGGAUGGCUCUUCCCAAAAUGGCUGCACAUGUAUGUGUAUUCGCAUCAAUUUUAUCGGAUUGUGUUCCACAUUCAAAUCCUUCGGUUUCUUGUGCCGUUCAUCUCACCAUUAUCUGACUUGAUGUCGCGUCAACGGUCCAAGCACGCAAACCAUGAUGAUUUCGUGGUGCAUAAGUAGCCGCAUAAUCCGGUUCAGUUGCCGGAUCGCGUUGGGACUCAAGUGGAUUUGGGUUGAACCGGACCGGUGAGUGAGAAAGCCGACUCAAAUUGGGACGGUGCAUUCCCACACUCUUGUAGACGGUUGCAGCACGUCUCCGCAGGCUCUGCAUCUCUUCUUCCUCCCCCUCCGCUUCCCCUUAGAUGGAUCCUAAAACCCUAAUGAGACUUAAAGAACCCCUCUGCGUCUUCUCUUUGCUGCUCAUGUUGGUGGGAAAGAAGGCGGCCUGGGUCUCCGCCGUGGCCCCAACAAUGGCGGACUGUGAGCCGAGGAGCUGCGGGAAUGGGGUGAACGUGAGCUACCCGUUCUGGCUCAGAGGGCAGCAACCAUCCUACUGCGGCUUCCCUCCUUUCAUGAUCAUCUGCGGCAACGGCAGCUACAGCCCCGUUCUUGAGAUCCUCGGCCACAAGUUUUACGCCCUAAACAUCUUCUACGACAACCAGUCGGUCCUCCUCACCGCCGUCGAGUUCUUUGAUGAUUCGUGCCCCUUGCCCUAUGAAAAUUUUGGUUUCGACUCUAGCAUCUAUCCUUUUAGCAUCAGCUCCCUUAACAGGAACAUCUACUUCCUCCUCAAUUGCUCGAAUGAACUCUGGGGAUAUGAAAGCAUAGCUUGUGCUCGAAAUUUGGCCUACUUCGGCGGCGAGUACAACAUGUCGACCCGACUAGACUUGGCUAGCCUUGGUUGUGUGCUUGAUAUCGUGCCGGUAGUGGAGUAUUUCAAUGCGAGCAACGGUGACGCUGCUGCGCUUCUGAGGAGAGGGUGGUUGUUGGAUUGGGCUUCACCGGAUUGUACUGAGUGCACGGCCGGCGGCGGCAGAUGCGGCUUCAAUGAUACCAUGGGGAGGUUCAUGUGCAUCUGCCCUGAUGGAGUUCGUUCCGGUAGCUGCACACAUGUUGGUCAUCUGAAGGCAAAGAUAAAGGGGAUCAUAAUAGGUGUUUCUGCAGCAACUUGUGUCUUUCUCCUACUUUGCACUUGUUAUCGCUUCUACAGGCACAAAAAGAAGCGGCAAUUCCCCCCAUCCUCCAAAUCCCUUUCUCAAAGUGCCACUUUGAAGCCAUCCUUGAUGGAUCCUGAAAUGGACAGUGCCCUUUUGCAGACUCAUGUCUUCUCGUAUGCUGAACUAGAGGAGGCCACCAACAAGUUUGAUGCCUCUGAUAAACUUGGUGAUGGAGGCUUUUGCACUGUUUAUAAAGGUAAGCUUCAAGAUGGACGUACUGUUGCAGUCAAGCGACUAUACGAGAACAACUACAGGCGGGUUGAACAGUUCAUGAAUGAGAUACAGAUCCUAUCACGUCUCCGUCAUCAGAGACUUGUUAUCCUCUAUGGCUGCACGUCUCACCAAAGUCGGGAGCUCCUUCUCGUGUACGAGUUUGUGUCAAAUGGCACUUUGGCGCAUCACCUCCAUGGUUCCCCGGCAAGUCAGUGCAUCCUCACAUGGCCAAUGCGUCUGAGAAUUGCCAUUGAGACAGCUGAUGCACUUGCCUACCUCCAUGCAGUCAACCCACCAGUCAUACACCGAGAUGUCAAAACUAAUAACAUUUUACUUGAUAGCAACUUUCAUGUCAAAGUUGCAGAUUUUGGGCUUUCACGUCUCAUCCCCAAGGAUGUCACACAUAUCUCUACUGCUCCACAGGGCACACCAGGAUACUUGGACCCUGAGUACCAUCAGUGCUUCCAGCUCACCGACAAGAGUGAUGUUUACAGCUUUGGAGUUGUACUAUUCGAACUUAUAACCUCCAAGCCUGCUGUCGACAUGACUCGGAACCGGAGCGAGAUCAAUUUGGCAAACAUGGCAAUAACCAGAAUCCAGAGAGGCGAACUCGAGCAAUUGGUGGACGCUGCCCUAGGGUAUCAAUCGGAUGAGGUUACAAGGAAGAUGAUCACCAUGGUGGCAGAAGUGGCAUUCAGGUGUUUGCAAUCAGAUGGGGACAUGAGGCCACCCAUAAAGGAGGUCCUCGAGGUGUUGCAAGCAAUAGAGAGCGAUGGGAACAGACCAGAGAAGAAGGAACAUGGUGUUGCUGAGAGUCGCGAUGAUGCUGAGUUGCUGAAGAAUACCGAACCAUUCUCUCCUGAUUCGGUCAUGAACAGGUGGACCAGUAGGUCUACGACACCGCAAGCUAGUGAAUGAUAGUAAGAUUAUGUUGUUUCUUCUUUAAAUUUGCACAGGGCAAUCAAAAUGCCCACUGUCAGCAUAUAUAACCUUCUAUUUUCAAGGUCCAGGUUUCUCUAAUGAGUUUGAUUGAGGAAAUGUACAUAGCAGAAAAGAUUUCUGAUCUUUGUUUCACAUAUUUUCAUGCAGCUCCUGUGAGCAUGCUGUUACAGUAAGCUUCUUAGUGUAAGAGCUUCUAUUUUCUCUAUUAAUUAUAGCUUUAAUUCAGUAGGAA